AUGGGGGAGGAAGACAUCACACCUGAGAACACCCAACUGUUCUCCACUCCUCAACCCCACACUAAUCCAGACACCACCAUGACCUGCUGUGGUUCCUUCUCCUCCCAGAGCUGUGGCGGAGGCUGCCUCCAGCCCUGCUGCUGCCGUGACCCCUGCUGCUGCCGCCCCGUGUCCUGCCAGACCACCGUGUGCCGCCCUGUGACCUGUGUGCCCCACUACACACGCCCCAUCUGUGAGCCCAGCCCCCGCCCCAUCUGCUGUGACCCCUGUGGCCUGCAGGAGGGCUGCUGCCGCCCCAUCACCUGCUGCCCAACGUCCUGCACCGCCGUGGUCUGCAGGCCCUGCUGCUGGGCGUCCACCGCCUGCCAGCCCAUCUCUGUGCAGGCGCCCUGCUGCAGGCCCCCUUGCUGCCAGCCUGCGCCCUGCCGCACCACCUGCAGGACCUCCUGCUGCAACCCCUGCUUCUGA